AUGGUAACAAAACAUGCGCUGCAGGCCUCGAAUGUGCCGUCGGACUCAGCAAACACCACAGCCAUCAGGAGUUUUGAUAUGGCAGGAAAGGUAGGCACUCAACGGCCGGGGGGCCGCCGCUUACGAAGAAGACACAAGAACCUCAGUAUUGAGGUUGUACCAGGUCGAAUCACUGACAAGUUCGCGAUCCGUGGAAGUCUCUGCGUCUCGCCGAGAGCGACUAUGCAAAGUCCACAAGCAGGCGUGACAUCCCCUACGCAAAACAGUUCAGGACGUCAACAUCGCAUGCAACCACCGUUGCGACCAAGUCCUCGAAGCUUAAGAGAAGCACGCCUCAAGAAGUUGUUGAAGAGUAUGGCUGAGUCAGAACUUGGUUCUGACACGAACGUCCUGCGAGAUCACCACUGCAUGCCACUUCUCAGAGGUCAUUACGAGGGUGGUUCUCGUGGUGCAGCAGAGCGUCCUCGGCCCGUUGGACACGGGGCACCAAGCGGAGAUAGCGACCCGAACAGUCCUGCGCAACAACUGAAUCAUCCCGACCAGGAACCACGGGCCACGGAGCCCAAUGUGCAUUUUCGACUUGCGAAUCUAGGAGCGGAACGGAUAGCAGACUUCGCUCACCAGGGCUAUGUCGUGGAUAUCGUGCCACCGGUUGCUGUUCAGAACCUGCCACUGACGCCGUCUACACGUCAGGUCGUCGACACUUUUCUAUGCCAUGGCCGCAACGGCACCAUAGCAGGAUACGGUCCUUAUCGACGAUCCUGUGCCCCUCCCACCGCAAAUACUUGGGGUCAAUGGGCAUAUGUCAGUCGUCUUGCAAUUUCUGAUAUUGGACGGGAUGGUCGUAGGAGAACACUGGCCCAUACUACAGAUGAAAUCCAUGCAAAGGAGAACGAAAAGUGGCAUGUUGCUCUUGUGCCACUCAACAGCAGACAAGCUAUACAACUGAGGGGCCUGCUAGAGAAUAAGAUAUAA